CGUUGAACGAAACAACAUCAGACCCCCAUUCCACUAUACUGAAAGAACAGUAAUGAGUAACUCCACGCAUAACUACUCUGUAGAGGAUGAUGACUAUGAAGAGCCAUGUGAACUGAGAGGGAGCUUUGAGAAUGAGGUGGUCAUCCAAACGUACAUCUACUCUGUGAUCUGUGUACUCGGCCUCAUGGGAAACCUUUUGGUCCUCAUCACAUAUGCCUUGUACAAGAAGGCAAAAACCAUGACAGACAUCUACCUGGUCAACGUGGCUCUGGCCGAUCUUCUCUUUGUCGUCGCCCUACCGUUGAUCAUCUACAACGAAAGGUACAACUGGGAUAUGGGCACGUGGGCCUGCAAGCUGCUGAACGGAGCGUACAGUAUCAACUUAUACAGCAGCACGCUUCUGUUGGCAUGCAUCAGCAGCGAUCGCUACAUAGCCAUUGUCCAAGCCAGACGCUCCGUUAAGAUCCGACGGCGAGUUCAGGUCUACAGUCGUCUCAUCUGCACAGUAAUAUGGCUGCUGGCUUUGGUGUUGUCUUUGCCCACGUUGAUAUAUUACGAACAGGUAGAAGACAUGGACGUCAACGAAUGCAUGCUUGUGUAUCAUAGUAACAAUAAUGCGAAAGUGAUGAAGAUUCUGAUUCCCAGCACACAGAUGCUAAUGGGGUUCUUGGUGCCCCUGAUGGUCAUGAUGUUCUGUUAUUCUUGCAUCAUGGUGACGCUUCUGAAAGCAAGGAACUUCCAGAAGCACAAGGCGGUGCGAGUUGUGCUCACCGUGGUCUUUGUGUUCAUAUUUUGCCAUCUUCCGUACAAUGUGGUGCUUCUUCUCCACACCACUAAACUUUUCCAAAUUAGGGAUUGUAAAGGAGAGCGAGACACAUUGAUGAUGUUGUCCAUCAGCAAGAGCGUGGCCUACCUUCACUGCUGCCUGAAUCCCAUCCUCUACGCUUUCAUCGGGGUUAAAUUCAGAGGCCAUUUUUAUCAGAUCCUGAAGAACGUAAGUUGUCUGGGACACAGGUACAUCUACUCCAGGCGCAACUCACAGCAGACCUCAGACCUCUACAUAUCAGCUAAAAGCGUUGUUGGGUCCAGUUAUGAAAACCCAUCGUCAUUUACAAUGUGAUUUACGCAUAUGAGUAUAGUUUUCCACAAAAUUGCUCUUAUUUGAGGUUUGUUGGCUAAUUUUUGUGUACGGCUGACAUAAAAAGAGGGCUCUGGUAAUGUUCCUUAAUAACAUUUUUUUUUUAAAUUGCAUAUUUCCACCGCUUUCUUGUAAAAUGUACGAUUUUUUUUUUUAAAUCCAACUUCCAAAAUAUUCUCCCUACAAAGAGAAAUAAGUAAUUUGAACAUAGAAUUUUUAGUUGAAGGAGACAAAUGAUUCUUUUGCAUAUACUUAACAAAAUAUCCUUAGAGUCUCAUGUUUUUGGCCAAAAUGCAUCAGAAAGUUUGCCCAGCUUACAAAACAGUGUAUUUCAACAAACAAUAUUGCAAGAAUUGAAAGUUCCCAAGAUGCACUGCAGCAUGUUCAAUUUUGUGUUUCUUAUUUGUUUUUCUUUUAAAGAUAAGUGUUUUAUUUCUUGCUGGCUUAAUUUAUGCUUUAAUCUCGUUGUUACUGUUAGUUAUCUGUUAUGUUUUGAGGUUUUUUUUAAAUAAAUGAUGGAUUUGAUUGUUGCCAUGGUUGAGGGUUGUGUGUUCAAUGUUGAGGUGUAAGUGCAUGACACAACGCCAAAGAUGAAAUAGAUGCACUCAACGUGUGAUUGAUUAGCCUUCGAUUGUAGUGAAAGACAAAUAUAUUUGUUUAUUUUUAAAUAACCAAUUUAUAUUCUCUAAUUAUGUUCAGCCAACAAAAAAUAUUUUGUUCUGUUGUUCAUUAGAUAAACUUAACUAUGUUGUGACAACUUAUGACUUAAGUUGGAAGGACUUCAGUGUCUGUUUGUAGAGUUAACUCAAAAACGUGCUUGUGAUAGGUUGCCUUGUUUUAAGUUGACUCCUCUCUUUAUAAACAGUACAUUUUUUCUUGUAAACUUGCAGUCUUUUUCCGUUACUUUAUGGUUUUUUACCAUAUUUUACAAAAACAGUAAAAUUCCACAAACUUCAUUUUUUACAUUAUACAUGGAAAAACACAUCUGUUAAAUAAUUUUUUUACAGUGCAUGCGUCAAUUUCGAAGCAUCUUAUCAGCAUUAUCAUAGUUCAGGAGCAUUAUUAAUAUUACUUUGUCUGUCUAUUCAAUAUUUGUAUAUAUGUUUUUAUGUAUAAUAUCUAUGUAAUUUUUUGAAUAUUUUCUUUGAAUAAUCAUCUUAUGUUUUACAACAUUUACCGACGACGUAUAAUUUAGAUAGAAUGCUCUUUUACAUUAGUUGAAGAAUGUUUUAAUGACUUUUAGAGAACCAAAUUUCUAGGAAUGCUUCCUUUGAGCUGGGAAUGUUGUAAAAAUGAAUUUAGCUUAUAUAUGAUAAUAUUUAUUUUUACAACAAUUAGAUAAGAAAUGUAACAAUAAAGAUAAAUUAAAUGUCCUUGCUAUGUUUCUGUCA